AUGUUUAAAGUAUCUAAAGAAAAAUUAUAGCAGAUAUUAGCUUCUGGAUUAUUUUCAGAUUAUUAAGAUAAUCUAAUAGAAUUCAAUUCAACCAAGUAUUUUGAAGAUUCUUUAAAAUCAAACAUUUAAGAAGGAUUAUCUGAUAAUGCUAUAGAAUAGAGUCAACAAGAAUUUGGAGUGAAUUGGAAAGAAAAUUAAGAUUCCAUAAGUUCAUUGAAAAUAUUCUAGAUUGUUCUACUUGUAAAUAAUAAAUUAAACUAAGAAACCAAAAUCAAUACUUUUCUUAUCCUUGUCAUCAAUUGCAUUUAUUUUUAAAUAUUUAUCAACAAAUGGAAUUUACACAAAUGAAUGGAUCGAAAGUUUAUUUAUAUUUGGAUUAAUUUUUUUAAACCUAAUAAUAUCUGGAUUUCAAGUUUAAUAUCAAUUUUUAAAUUUAGAUUAAAUAUGCAGAUGAAAAAAAAAUAUAAAAUUUAAUUUUGAAUGAAUCAUCGAAAUAUGUAAUUGUUUUAAGAAAUGGAUAAGAGUGUAGUAUGAAUGCAAAGGAUCUAGUAGUAGGAGAUGUGGUAAUUUUAAAAGAGAAUGAUUAAAUCUAUGUUGACGGAUUAAUUGUAGAAUAAAAUAAUUUAUAUAUUGAUGUAAAUAUGCUCAUUAUUUUUUAUUUAGGAAUCCUUCUUAACAGGAGAAUAGAAAUUCAUUCAUAAAAUUACAUUAGAAGAUGCAGUUGAAUCCUAAUAGAAAAUUUAACUACAGAAGCAUUUACUCUUUGCAGGAACUCAAGUAGUAGAAGGAAGUGGUAAAUUAUUAGUGUUGGCAGUUGGUUCAUAAAUAUAAGCUAAUAAAAUAUAAAUUAAUCGUUUAUAAGUGGAGAAAAAAACACCUAUUUUAUAAGCAAUUGAAAAAAUAUCUUAUAAAAUAGACAAAAUUGGAUUUUUUGGAACUAUAUUUAUAAUCUUUAUAUUGCUUACUAGAUACAUUUUUGUUUAUAGUGAAUAGAAUGUAAAUAGAUUUAGUACAUUUUCAAAUAUACUUAAUCUAAUCAUAGUGUUAAAAUCUGGAAAUGCUUCUAAAGCAAUAAUUACUCAUUUCUAUUUUUAAAUAGCUUAGACGGUUAAAUUGAUGUUAUAUUAAUAAAAUUUGGUAAGAAAUAUUUAGUAAUUAGAAAUUCUACCUUUUAUGGAUUCGGUAUUUUUAUAUUAUUUAUCAUUAAGAUACUUGUUGAUUAAACAGGAACUUUAACUUAAAAUAGAAUAGUUGUGGAUAGUUUUAUGAAUGAUACAAUAGAAGAGUUAACUUCAUCACAAUUUAAUCUAUAUCCAUAAGAAUUCUAAUAGGCUUUUAUUGAUUCUUGUUUUAUUAAUAAGUCUUAUGAUCCAGAAACAGAAUAUGAAAGUAAUAUUGAAUAAGCAUUAGUCAAUUUCUCUAAAAAAAUAAAGGUUAAUAUAGAGGAGAGAUUAAAAUAAGUGACAUAAAAAAUCCCUUUUACUUGUGUAAGAAAAAUAUAAGUAUUAAUAAAUUUUUAAAUUAUUAGACAAUCAUCAUUAAUAACAAUAGAAUUGCUGUAAGAGGAUCAGCUGAACAUGUAUUAAAUUGGUCAACUCAAUUUUAUAGUUAGAAAAAUGGGAUUAUUGCAAUUGAUAAAGUUAUAAAGGAUAAUAUAGAGUAACUUUUGACAGAAUUAUGUCAAAAAGGAAGAAUCAUAGGUAUAGCUUAUAGGGAUGUCGAUUUAUUAAAUGAAAAUGUUGAAGAAUUGAUAGAGAAUAAUAAAUUUGAAUAUGAUAGAUAGAAUUUAACAUUAUUAGGUUUCUUACUAUUUGUAGAUCCAUUGAGAUUUGAAACAAUAUCUGCAGUUCAAGGAUUUAAAUAAGCUGGAGUUAAGGUUGUUAUAGUUACAGAGGAUAAUUCUACGAGCGCAAAAAGUGUCGCUAUCAAAGCAGGAAUUAUGUCAUCUAACUCAAUUGUUAUGGAAGGAAGUGAUUUUUCUUAGUAAUUAAGAGGAAAGACUGAAAAUUCUAAAAAAAAAGUUGAAGAUAUUUCAGUUUUGAGUAGAGCUAGACCACAAGAUAAAUAUAAUCUUGUCAAAGUAUUAUAAGAAUUGGGUCAUGUAGUAGGAGUCUGUUGUGAUGGAACAAAUGAUAGUAAAUAAUAAUAUUAUUCAUAUUAAUAGAUCCUGCUUUAGCUCAGGCUGAUAUUGGUUAUAGUAUGGGGAUUGCAGGAACUGAAGCUGCUAGAAAGACUUCAGGGAUUAUUUUAUUAGAUGACAAUUUUAAUUCUAUUUUUAAAGGACUUAUAUUUACUAGAAACCUAAUUGAUUCAAUCAAAAGAUUAGUUCAAUAUUAGAUCACAUCAUAAUUUUCAUUGAUGAUUAUUUUAAUAAUCUCAGCAGUUAUUGGAGAGAUGGUUAUAUCAUCACUUUAAUUUAUUUGGAUAAAUUUAAUUAAUGAUUUAUUUUCUACAUUUGCUUUAUCUUAUUGUACACCAAGUUCUUAAUUGAAGUAUUAAAAUCCUCCUAAUAAAACUGGAUUCAUAUUCGAUAGAUUUAUUUUAAUCCACAUCAUUAUAUUAUCUGUAUAUAUCAUUACUGUAUGUAUCAUAUUUUUGAAUGAAGUAUUUUAAUAUUUUAUUAAGUAGUCUUUGAUGAUAUUCAAUCUAUUUGUUAUGAUUACAAUAUUUAAUUUGAUUAAUUCUCGUAUGGUAUACUUAGAAUUUAAUAUUUUUCAUGGAUUUUUUAGAUCUUGGAUAGUUUACACGACAAUUAUAUUAAUAGGAUUGCUUUAAUUUGUAAUUGUAUAAUAUGGAGGACCUGUAAUGCAUACAUUUGAUGGUUUGAGCCUUAAAUAAUGGUAUUAUUGAAUAUUUAUAAGAUAGGUUUGUUUGUAUUGCUAUUGGAUUAGGAAGUGUAGUUUGGAGAAGCAUAGCUAUUCUUAUAAUAAAGUCUAUAAUAGUAAAUAUUGAAUUAAAUAUUUAUUAGAUGAGAGAUAAAGAAAAAUUAAAAGUCAAUUGA